AUGCUGUCGACCCGCGCGAUGCGCUCCCCCGCCCUCCGCACGGCUGCCCUCAGGGUGAAUCGUGCGGCGGCCACCCGUGGUUUCGCCACUGUUGCUGAAGAUGCUCCUAACCUGAACGUCGAGGACCUCAAGAAGAAGGUCGAGAUGAGCGUCAUCGAGUCCGGCAAGGGCUACUACCUCCCUUACGAGAAGCUCGAGAAGAACCUCGAGGUCGUCCGCGAGCGCCUCAAGCGCCCCAUGACCAUGUCGGAAAAGAUCGUCUACGGUCAUCUGGACGACCCGCACACCCAGGACAUUGAGCGUGGCGUUUCGUACCUGCGCCUUCGCCCUGACCGUGUUGCCUGCCAGGACGCCACCGCCCAGAUGGCCCUGCUCCAGUUCAUGUCGGCUGGUCUGCCCCACGUCGCUGUGCCCACCACUGUGCACUGUGACCACCUUAUCGCUGCCAGCACCGGUGGUGUUGAGGACCUGGCUCGCGCCAAGGACGUGAACAAGGAGGUGUACGACUUCCUUGCCACCUGCACUGCCAAGUACGGUAUUGGCUUCUGGAAGCCCGGCUCGGGUAUCAUUCACCAGAUCAUCAUUGAGAACUACGCCUUCCCCGGUGGUCUGAUGAUCGGUACUGACUCGCACACCCCCAACGCUGGUGGUCUUAACAUGAUUGCCUGCGGUGUUGGUGGUGCCGAUGCUGUCGAUGUUAUGGCUGACAUUCCCUGGGAGCUCAAGUGCCCCAAGGUCAUUGGUGUUGAGCUCAAGGGUAAGCUCUCGGGCUGGACUUCGCCCAAGGACGUUAUCCUGAGGGUCGCUGGUGAGCUCACCGUGAAGGGUGGUACCGGUGCCAUUGUCGAGUACAAGGGCCCUGGUGUCUCUUCGCUCUCCGCCACUGGUAUGGGUACUAUCUGCAACAUGGGUGCUGAGAUUGGUGCCACCACCUCGGUUUUCCCCUUCAACGACCGCCAGGCCAAGUACCUCGAGGCCACUGGCCGUAAGUCGAUUGCCGACCAGGCUGCCAAGUACCAGGCCAACCUGCUGCCCGACCGUGACGCUGAGUACGACCGCCACCUCGAGAUCGACCUUGACGAGCUCGAGCCCUACAUCAACGGUCCCUUCACCCCCGACCUUGCCACUCCCCUGUCCAAGUUCAAGGAGGCUGUCAAGGAGAACGGCUGGCCCGAGGAGCUGCGCGUUGCCCUUAUCGGCUCGUGCACCAACUCGUCGUACGAGGACAUGUCGCGUUCGGCUUCGAUCGCCCAGGAGGCCCUUGACCACGGUGUGAAGGCCAAGUCGGGCUUCACCGUUACCCCCGGUUCGGAGCAGAUCCGUGCCACCAUCGAGCGUGACGGCCAGAUGGAGACCCUCACUGAGGCCGGCGGUAUGGUUCUUGCCAACGCCUGCGGUCCCUGCAUUGGUCAGUGGCACCGUACCGACGUGAAGAAGGGUGAGAAGAACUCGAUUAUCACGUCGUACAACCGUAACUUCAGCGGCCGUAACGACGCCAACUUUGCCACCCACGCCUUUGUUGCCUCGCCCGACCUGGUUACUGCCAUGGCCUUUGCUGGUGACCUGACCUUCAACCCCGUUACCGACUCGCUCACUGGCGCUGACGGCAAGGAGUUCAAGUUCAGCGACCCGAGCGGCCACGAGAUCCCUGCCACGGGCUACGACCCCGGUGAGAACACCUUCCAGGCUCCUCCGGAGGAUGGCUCGAAUGUCGAGGUCAUUGUCAGGCCCGACUCGGAGCGUCUCCAGUUCCUGGAGCCUUUCAAGAAGUGGGACGGCAAGAACCCCACUGAUAUGCCUGUUCUGAUCAAGGUGAAGGGCAAGUGCACCACGGACCACAUCUCGGCCGGUGGUCCCUGGCUCAAGUACCGUGGCCACCUGCAGAACAUCUCGAACAACUGUCUGAUUGGUGCCACCAACAUUGCCAACGACGAGACCAACAACGUCCAGAACUACUACACCGGCGAGUGGGGUGCGGUUCCCGCCACUGCCAUCUCGUACCGUGACGACGGCCACCCCUGGGUUGUGAUUGGUGAUGACAACUACGGUGAGGGUUCGUCGCGUGAGCACGCUGCCCUGGAGCCCCGCUACCUCGGUGGCUACGCCAUCAUCACCCGCUCGUUCGCCCGUAUCCACGAGACCAACUGCAAGAAGCAGGGUCUGCUGCCCCUGACCUUCCAGGAGUCCAAGGACUACGACCUGGUUCGCCCCGACGACCUCGUCGACCUUGAGGGUGUGACUGAGCUUGCCCCUGGCAGCGUCGUCACCCUGGUUGCUAAGCACAAGGACGGCUCUGUGGACAAGAUUCCCCUGGUUCACUCGUUCAACGAGAACCAGAUCGAGUGGUUCAAGGCCGGCAGUGCCCUCAACCUGAUGGCUGCCAAGGCUGCCGCCAAGCGCGCUUAA